AGUUCUUAUCUAGCUCACUCUGGCUCCGCGCACGUUAUUUCCGCUUCUCUGCUUCAGUUUAUUGAUUCGCACCAACCUGCCCAAGUAUUCCACUUUGAGCGCUUUCAAAAUGUCCCAGAGUUUUGUGCCAGUGCCAGCGAACAGCGAUUUUCCGCUGGAAAAUCUACCCUACGCUGUUUUCUCAACCGAUAACAAUAAAGUUAACCGUAUAUGUGUGGCCAUUGGACAACAUGUCCUGGAUCUAAAAGCUGUCUCGCAGUUGUAUCCUUCCCAAGUUCAGAAAAGCCUGCAGGCAGAAACUUUGAAUGAGCUUAUGGGAUUGGACUUUGAAGCUUGGGAUGUGGUACGGAGCCAGACUCAAAAGCUUCUGACUAAGGGUUCAGAACUGGAUCAUAAUGUGGACUUGAAGGCGGUUUCCAUUGUGCCCCAGUCUGAGAUCAAGCUGCACCUGCCUGCCCAGAUUGGUGACUACACGGACUUUUACUCAUCCAUCCAUCAUGCCACCAAUGUGGGCAUUAUGUUCCGUGGACCGGAUAAUGCUCUGAUGCCCAACUGGCGCCAUCUGCCGGUUGGUUAUCAUGGUCGUGCAAGUUCUGUGGUGGUUUCCGGCACUCCUAUCCGUCGUCCUCUUGGUCAAACCUUUCCCGAUGGGGCAGAGAAGCCCGUCUUUGGGGCCUGCAAACUUUUGGAUUUCGAACUAGAGAUGGCCUUCUUUAUCGGUGGUAAAGGCAAUCAACUGGGAGAACCCAUCCGCGUGGAUGAGGCCUGGAAAAAUGUGUUCGGUUUCACGCUGAUGAACGACUGGAGUGCCAGGGAUAUUCAGAAGUGGGAGUAUGUGCCACUGGGCCCCUUCACCGCGAAGAAUCUGGGAACCACCAUCUCACCUUGGGUAGUGCCCACAGCUGCCCUAAAACCCUUCCUCUUGGAAAACUUUCCUCAGGAACCGGAGGUGCUUCCUUAUCUGCGCCAGAGCAUUCCCUUCAACUUUGAUAUCAACCUCGAGGUUUCUUUGAAACCUGCCGAUCAGAACGAAUCGCUUAUCUCAAAGUCGAAUUUCAAGCACCUUUACUGGACUCCACUGCAGCAAAUCGCUCAUCACACAGUUACCGGUUGCAAUCUGCGUCCAGGCGAUCUAAUGGCCUCCGGAACGAUCUCCGGCGAGACACCAGACUCGUACGGAUCACUGUUGGAGCUUUGCUGGAAGGGCACCAAAACUUUGGAGCUUCCGGGUGGCAAGACCAGGAAAUUCUUGCAGGACUUUGACGAGGUCAUCAUCCGGGGCCACUGCGAUAAAAACGGCCUGCGAAUUGGAUUCGGGGAGUGUGUGGGUCAGGUGCUGCCUGCUCAUCCAGUUCCGCAAUAGGGCCACUUAUGGAUUUGGAUUAAUCUACCUGAGUAACAUUAGUAACUGAAAUAAAUUCUAUUGAAAACGAG